AUGUCACCAUUGAAAUGGAAUUACAAUCUGGCUGCACAAGCACAAACAUUGGCGAUCAAAUGCACCUUGCAACACGACAAACGUCAUUUGGAUGAAUUCUCUUGGGUUGGACAAAAUAUUGCUCUCUGUCCAACCAUUAAGUCUGGUAAUUGGAAUAAUGAGAAACCAUAUGAAGUGAAAUCACGUGAAUUGUGCCCGAAAAUGCAGAAUAUUCGUAAAGACAGUUUUCAAAAGGCGCGUGAUAAUACACUGCGUGCACCAUUAUCAAUAGUGAAUGUCAACCACAAGUUGUCAACGACCGGUUCAAGUGGAAGUAGGGUUCACGACCAACGCAUACAAGGUCAGCCUACCUCUAUAAAUACUUUUGAAUAUCGUCAUCGUAAUACACAGCAUUCUAUAAAUUGUCUGUUAUCCAUACUUCUCAGAGAUAAAAUGAAUAUCUUAUUAUUAUUAUUAUUAAUUUAUAUAAAAGUAAACAUUGUCUUCUCACAACCAAAUGAUCCACAACUUCAAAAACUUCUACAAUAUCAUAAUGAUCUUAGACGUAAUUUAACAGAAUGUAAAUUUGAAGGACAACCUCCAGCGAAAUAUUUACCAGAUCUUAAAUGGGAUGAUGAACUAGCUUCAAAAGCUAAAGAUUUAGCAAAUGAAUGUUAUUUUCAUCAUAAUGAUGUGGAUUUACCGCAUAAAUGGGAAUAUGUUGGUCAAAAUAUAGCAGGAUAUCAAACAAUUGAACAAGCAUUCGAUGCAUGGAAAGAUGAAUAUAAACAGUAUAGUUAUUAUUCAAUGAGUUGUUAUGGUGUUUGUGGACAUUAUACUCAAUUAGUAUGGCAAAAUACUACUCAUGUUGGUUGUGGUAUUACAAAUUGUACUGGAAAUUAUGGAUUUCCAUAUGGAUUAUCAGUUGUCUGUAAUUAUGGCCCAGGAGGAAACUAUGAAGGUCGUUUUCCUUACGAAGCAAAAUCACAAGAUCAAUGUUAUGCUGUAACUACUAGACGUCCAGUUACUACUAAACGUCCUAGAACUACUAGACGUCCAAUUACUACUAAACGUCCUAAAACUACUAAACGUCCUGAAACUACUAGACGUCCAAUUACUACUAAACAUCCUGAAACCAUACCAACUCGUAAACCAGACAUAUCAAAACAAAUACCAAAACCAAACUGGCCUACACUUAUCAGUUCAUGGAGUGGAUUUGCCAAUUCAAAUAUGCUACAAGGAAUAAUAACAAAAACAUGUAUUUGUAUUCAGUGAAAACUAAAAAUUACCCAAAACAUUUAAUAUGUCACUGUUCUGUGUAUUAACCAUAUUGUAUGUUUUAAAUGAAAAUCUAAACAUUAUUGAAAGAGAG